AUGUCUGAGCUCUCAAAUGCGCUCAACCCACAUAUUGCCUACUCUCGCUCGCGCCCUUCUCCCACUUUCGUCAACACGCAGCCGCAGGCAUCAACAGAUAGCCCGCCAGCGGUGACGCAGCAAACUUAUGUCAAUGUUCCCCACAGGAGUGAACUUGAAUUUGCCAUCUCUGAACCUCCGCCUCCACCGACAGUACAAGCACCUGUUGUAAUUCCUUCUAGCAGCAGACCAGACGGUGCACAAGUCAUCCUCCGCGCGCUCCACGCCUCCAAACAAGCAUUCGAAGCCGAACGCAAACGUAGAAUAGCAUGGGAACAAGAGCUAGAGGCCAAGUAUGCUCAACGUCAAGCCGUGGUGGAGACUCAGCUUGCAGAGACGAGGCAGGAGGUCGCAUGUCUUCGAGCUUACAUCGCCUCUCUAGGCCCCGUGGCCGGUCCGUCUCGGAUCCCCUCUUCGCUCCUCAUCGAAGCGCGACCAUCUCCCGCGCUCACACAUUCGCCGUCAAUCACUGUUACCCAGACGCCCUCACCCGCUCUUGUACCCGCACCCGCACCACAUCCAAUGUUCGUUUUUCAGCCUGGUGCACCGAACACACCCAUGCAGCUUGCUUCGCCGCCUUUAGACCAUAGCACUAUCAGCUCGAUACCCCAUGUUCCAGCAGAAUCAGAAUUCUCACCUUCGCCCGCACUGUCGCAGAGCCGUUCCCAUUCCACAACCGCCUCUUCUGGCUCGAAGAGGAAGAGACGGACACCAGUAUCGGAGAGCGAGGAAGAGAGUGCAGGUAGCGAAGAUUCAAGAUCGUCCGCGGGAAGAACGAAACCCUUGAAACGACGGAACAAACAUGAUACCCGGUGUUACACCAUUCAGACCGCCAUGAGAAAGCACAUUUACCGCUGCAUGAAAGUCUCUCCCGACUCUGAACUUCCACCGUCCCAUCUUGAAGGUCUGCAUCUUGGCGACUCUGAACCCGUCCGCUUCGUCUGGGAUAAAACACCCAAACAAUCGGCACACAACGCUCGCAUGAAGAAUCGCAUCAUUGCAGACAUAAAAGCAAACAGGGGGCAUUACAAGCAUGUACUAGACAAGGACUUCACGAAGAAAGUAUUGGACUCUGCGUUCGAUCAGGCUUUCACGACGUUCAGGCAGAAGGCUAAGGGCCAGAGCGAUGAGGCUAUUGCAAAGAGUCUGAGGGAGAAGGAGGAGAGCAAGGCGAUGAAGUCCAGGAGAAAUGCCAGAAAGAAAGGCAAACUAAACAAUCGCAUAGAGGCACGGCAGAAAGCCGAGGUUUUCGCCCAUCCGACAUUCACAGGCGCACUCCAAUUCGAAUGCAUGUCCUCCGAAGAAUCGGAGGACGAUUCAUCAUCACAACGCACACCCGGCCCAUUGACUGCUGUGGCCACAUCCUCCAAAGAAAAGACGCUCAUUAUUCGUGGAAAACCUUGGCGAAGCACCCGGCUUCUUCGUUUCUUCAACGUCCUCGACUCAGAAGAUUCCCUCUCCGCUCUCUCUAACCGCUCUUCUAACCACGACUCUACAUCGGCAUCUUCCCAGGCAAAGAACCCACCACGCCGACCACGUCAACCACGUACCGAAGGUCCCCCCAAGUUUGGCUUGCGAAUGCCUCCGAAAGGUGUCUCAGAAUGGAUGAUAAGCAGACGAUGGCUCAAAGACCUGCAGCUCUCACAUCCCGAGGAAGUCGAGAAGCUGAAAGAACUCGUUCGCGACGAGUCUUCCAAUAAUGGCGGAAACGACUGGCAGGUGCCGUUUGAUUGGGGCAGGUUCGAUAUGCUGGGGUAUGAGAGCGACGAUGAGUUGGAUCCGGUGGAGCUUGUGCUGAGGAGUCAGAGGUUGGUGGCUUUACCGGAUCACUUGGGUGGGGGCACGGGGGCGAGUGGGUAUGGAUGUCAGACGAGUACGAUGAGUUAUUCACUGCAGCAUGCUCUGGCGCCAGUGCAAUGA